CUUAUCAAUAAACUGUAGUUUGAAAAAUAUUUCUGCAUUGCAUCGAAGUGUUUACCAGGAAACCUUCAGGUCCCUUCCAGUUUCCCACUCUCUCCGGUUUGCGACCACACAUUUCGAUUUCAUUUCACGUCACUCCUCCCCUUCUUCCUCUUUAUUACUACAUUCUAAUUUUCUCUGCUUUUUUUUCUUCUACAGGUUUUCUUCUUCUCAUUCUAUGCUCAUCAUCCAAGUACAACACAAUCAUUUGUUAGGGUUUCAGUUAUUUGUAAUCACUUUUUUUCUUUCUGUUUUUUAUUAUCUUAAAAGAAACUGUGCCUUCUUUUGUAAUUAUUUCUCCAUAUUAAUAAUUUAUACCUUUCAAUUCCUCUUAUCCAUUACUUCACAAUCAUCACUCUGUUAUAUAUAUUUUUUACAUUUUCUUGUUCGUAGUAUUUUGUACAUUUUUAUUGGAAAGAAAAUAAUUAUAUAGACUUUAUAUACAUACAAUUGAAAGAAAAUAUAUAUAGUUAUUGUAGUGAAAAUCGUUCAAAAAAAGUGUAACAAUUUGUUGAUGGGGAGCGCUGGGUUGAGCAACCAUAGUAACGGGCAGCAGCAGUGGUUAGGGAUUACAGAAUCCAUCUCAUUGAGUGGACCCACUGAAUUUGAUGUCGCCAAGUCCAAUGAACUCGAGAAGUACUUGCAAGACGCUGGCUUGUAUGAGAAUCAGGAGGAAGCAAUUUGCAGGGAGCAAGUGCUAGGCAGGCUAGACCAGAUUGUGAAGAUUUGGGUCAAAACCAUUACCCGUGCAAAGGGAUUUAAUGAACAAGUGGUGCAAGAAGCAAAUGCCAAGAUUUUUACUUUUGGCUCCUAUCGUCUGGGGGUGCAUGGCCCUGGAGCAGAUAUUGAUGUUCUUUGUGUGGGACCUAGAUAUGCAACCAGAGAUGAUGACUUCUUUGGUGAGCUACAUAAAAUGCUAUCUAAGAUGCCAGAAGUGACAGAGUUGCACCCAGUGCCUGGUGCUCAUGUUCCAGUGAUGGGUUUCAAGUUCAACGGUGUCUCUAUGGAUCUCCUUUAUGCAAAUUUAUCUUUAUGGGUUAUUCCUGAAGACUUGGAUUUAUCACAGGAAUCAAUAUUACAAAAUGCUGACGAACAAUCUGUUCGCAGUCUUAAUGGUUGUAGAGUGACUAGUCAAAUCUUGAAUUUGGUUCCAAAUUUUCAGAACUUUCGUACGACAUUGAGAUGCAUGAAGUUAUGGGCUAAGCGCCGUGGCAUUUAUUCUAAUGUUGCAGGUUUUCUUGGUGGUAUAAACUGGGCAUUGCUUGUUGCUCGAAUAUGCCAGCUAUAUCCGAAUGCACUGCCUAAUAUGUUGGUGUCUCGAUUCUUUAGGGUAUAUACACAAUGGCGUUGGCCAAACCCAGUAAUGCUUUGUGAAAUUAGAGAAGGAUCACUUGGACUUAAAAUUUGGGAUCCUAGAAUACAUCCGAAGGAUAAGAACCAUCUAAUGCCGAUAAUUACUCCCGCUUAUCCUUGCAUGAAUUCUAGCUACAAUGUAUCGUCAAGUACAUUGCGUAUUAUGACAGAGGAGUUUCAAAGAGGAGGUGAAAUUUGUGAGGAUAUGGAGGCUAAGAAAGCUGAUUGGGAUACUCUUUUUGAGUGCUAUCCAUUUUUUGAAGCUUAUAAAAAUUAUUUGCAGAUAGACAUUUCAGCGGAGAAUCCUGAUGAUCUUAGAAACUGGAAAGGCUGGGUUAACUCCCGCUUGCGCCAGUUGACAUUGAAGAUUGAGAGGGACACUCAUGGCAUGCUUCAGUGUCAUCCACAUCCUGGGGAUUUUUCAAACAAAUCUCAACCUCUACACUGUUCUUACUUCAUGGGUCUGCAACAUAAGCAAGGAGUUCCUGCCAAAGAAGGCGAACAGUUUGAUAUAAGACUAACUAUUGCAGAAUUUAAACAUUCUGUCAAUAUGUACAUUCAACGGAAACAUGGAAUGAAUAUAUUUGUCACCCAUGUGAAGCGCCGCAAUCUACCUGCCUUUGUAUUUCCCGGUGGUGUUCGGCCUAACUGCCCAUCCAAAGUAACCAGGGUGAGGAUGCAAAGUUCAGAGCUUAGGAUCUCCGGCCACGGUCAAGCAGAAAAAUCUCAAGAAGGUACAGUGGCUGUGUUUGGAGAUAACAAUGAUAGGAAGAGAAAGCAAGCAGAAGAUAGUGUGGAUGAGUUGAGAAAUUUCAAGUCCUUUUCAUCUCUGUCUUCUGGGAACAGAGAAUCCGGUAAUGGGAAAAGCAUCUCAGAAAUUAACCCUCUACUUACUGCUACUGAUACAUCUAGCUCUAAAGAAGCAGAAAAGCUCGGUAUUGAAAAUAUUACACGUGGUCCAUAUAAUGCACAUCAAGCCUUUUCAAAAGAACCUAAUGAGCUUGAAAAUGAUCUUGAGUAUAGAAAUAAUGACAAAGAUUUUGGCGGGAACAUGAAAAAGGUCAAUUUAAACUCUCCAUACUCAGAGCCUACAGUGGCAGCAAAACCAGUUUUUUCUCAAAAGGAAACUAGUUGUUCAACUCAUAUAUACUCCAAUGAGAGCUUGGAGGAGCUUGAGCCUACUGAGCUAACAGCAUCAUUGUUAACUGGGAAUCAUGCACGGGUGCCACAGCGAAAGUCCAUUAUUAGGUUCACUUCAUUGGGGAAAGCUGCUGACAAAAGUUCUUGAAUCUCUCUAACUUUGACGUCAGAAACAAGGUGCUCAGCCAUGUACUUUACUAAUGUGGAAGGUGAAGUUGUUGAAGAAAAGAAAAGUGGUUUAUGAAAAUCAAGAAUGAGUUUAGGUUGUUGAAAUUUGGAAGAAAGCGAUGGAGCGCUUGAUUAUGUAUAGAGAGAAAAUUAUUUUCAUUUUUAUUUGUUUUUUAAUUUAAUUAUUUUGUUGUUGUUUUUUUUUUUUGUUUAUUUUGAAUUGGAUGUAAUAAUAUGAACUUUCAUGUAAAAUUGGUUUCAAACUAAAUGGACUAAUAUAAAUAGAAAUCAAAUUAUUGCUCAUUUUAGAUUAUUUUUUGUUAAAUAUGAUAAUCAAAUAAAAAACAAAUAUAAGCUAUUCUUUUUUUUUUUUUGGAUUUUUAAAAAUUAAGUAACCAUGAUAUUAACAUACAAAAUUAAACACCACAAUUAUAUUAUUAUUAUACAAAAUUAGGAAACUACAUUGAUGAAGUGAAGAUGUAAAUGUUGAAUUUAGUCAAAGCCAGU